CCACCUUCAUAUUUCACGUUUAUUUUUGAGUAGUAAAUUAGCUAAAAGAUAUUUUGCAUGUACUUUCAGCAAAUACUUUUUUACUUGUUAACUGAUACAUAAUUUACAGAUGCAAUAAAAGAUGACAGUUUAAGUCGAAAAUGGAGAGUUUCAUUAAUAUGUUUCUUUUUUAAAAGGUUGACUUUAUCAUUAACGCAAAUAGAUUUUAGAGAACAUGACCGAGAAAGAGCCAGACACACAUAUUGGUGUUAACGGAGAAAUGUUUGACAGAGAUGACCGAAAUGACCAAGCUUCAGUUGAUGGAGAUUCCGGUAUCGACGGAAUGGAAAUAAAUGGAACGGUUGAAGACGAUCACAGUGGAGCACCCAUAGAUCGAGGAUGGGCUUGGGUGGUUCUUGCAGCAUGUGUGUUUGAGAUUGCAAUGUAUGGUGGCCUGAUGAGAUCAUUUGGCGUAUUUUUCCUUCAGUACCAGAUGAGGUUUAAUUCAAAUGCCUCAGAAACAGCUCUGAUGAGUAUGAUACAAAAUAUAAUGAUCAGCACUACAGCUCUAUUUGUUAUGACAAUUGGACUUAAAAAGUUCAGCAGUCGUGUUGCUGUGUUCACAGGUGGUGUUUUCACAGUUGCUGCAUACCUUAUCACUGCUUUUACCACCGACAUAAGAGUGUUUUAUUUCGCUCAAGGCGUGCUUGGAGGUGUUGGAAUGGCAUUUAUACACCCACCCGUGCUUGCAAUUUUAGGAGUGUAUUUCAACAAACACCGAGGUCUCGCAAACAGUAUUUUUAUGGGAGGGGGUUCCAUAGGCGGCCUCAUCUUUGCUCCCGUCGUCGUUAAAUUAUUUGAUGAAUACCAGUAUACAGGAACGUUGUUAAUUUGUUCUGCGUUACUAAUGAACAUCUGUGUGUCUGCGUUACUUAUGAGGCCGAUAGAAAGUUACUCUAAGAAGAAAAUGAAAUUUGUAGACGAAGGCACUGAAAUUACAGCAGAAGACAAACUUUUAUUGAGAGAAGACAGUGACAAAGAUGACAUUGAUUCGGAAAAUUUAAAGUUUGAUGAAAUUAAACUGGAAUCAGAUGUAUUUCAUUCAGACACUAAGAAACAUACAAGCCCUUUAAAUCAUGCUCUAGAGAAAACAAACAACUUUACUCGCAUGCAGUCAUAUGACCCGGAUCUGGUUAAUCGCAGGGUUCAGGGAUCACCUUCGCUUCAGCGCUUGCGGGCCCAUUCGUUUGGAAUUCGACAGAGAACUAUAUCUGAAGAUAACAAUAGAAAUGAAAGUAAAAAUAGAUAUGAUAGUGAAAGCAAUAUACACCAUAGUACAAAUGUUCUGAAAGGAGUAAUUAAAGCUAUAUCCAGAUCACAAGUAGCUUUAUAUACAAGUGGCGAAGGGAUAUGUGGCUCAUUUAUUGAUAUUAAUAUUCCUUCCAAGAAAGACUGUUCACAGAGCAAUAUUGCAAUGAGUGAAACAAAAAUAACUGAUACAGAAAAUAUUGCUGUUGGAUGCUGUUUGAACAUGAAAUCAUGUAUUUUGUCAGUGCUAUGCACAGUAUUUGACUUAAGCUUACUGCGCAAUCCAGUUUUUAUCACUUAUCUUUUUAUGGCUUUCUCUAUAAUGUCUGGUGUAGCGCUAAUACCCGUGUACGUACCACCUCAUGCAAAAGAUAUUGGAAUAAGUAAUGAAAAAAUUGGACUUAUGAUUUCUUUAAUGGCUAUCAUUGACUUAGUAUCGAAAGUUACGAUGGGUGUGGUCGCAGACAGAAUGUGGAUCAAAAGGUCGACGAUAUUGGUCAUUGUAACGUUUAUGCUCGGGACCACAUCACACCUUAUGCGUUUUGUAAAUUCAUUCCCAACAAUGAUAAUAUUUGUGGUAAUAGCAGGUAUCUGUUGUGGGCAAUAUAUGUCCGUGUAUGCGGUGCUGCUAAUGGAGGUGAUAGGACCUGAAAAAUUCAAAAGCUCCUUAGGGUUUGGCACACUUGUACACGGGACGUCUAUAGCAGUGUUCUUUCCAAUUGCAGGUCUCUUACGUGAUAUCACCGGAUCAUAUGUUGCUUCUUUUCAUCUGCUUGGUGGACUUGCAUAUCUGGCUGGUGUGCUCGCCUUUAUCAUUCCAAUCGUGAAUAAAAGGAUAAAGAAAAAGAAACAGGAAAAUGAAACAGCCGUUGAAUAGACAACGGUGUGCAAUAUCUUAAUACGAUUUACAAAAAAAUAAUUACUUAAUAUCCUUUUAAAGUGAAGUUCGAGUUAAGAAUUAUGCUUCAGAUAAAAAUUUACUAGAACUGCUUUAGAAGGAACAUGGAUAAUAUAACGACUGACUACCUUUUACAUUGGAUAAUAAUUACAUGUUAAUCCCUAAAAACUGGCUUUUAUAUUUCUGUUGUUUAGAUAUCUUACAGAACGUCAUUGCCCUUGCCGCACCGAUGUCAUACAGGUUAAAUAAAAAAUUAAACAGCAUAUAAAAUGCAAGCACGUCGUCCUAUUUAUUUAUAUUUAAUUUCAUAACUGAUGAAUGUUUACUGUAUGUCAAAUGUCUUUGUCCAAUAGUUAAAAUACAAUGUGUUCAAUGUCGGAUUUUUUAAAA